AUGGCAUUGAAACGUCUUACCUUCUUCGGGUCUCCUCCAAUGUCACCGACAAAAAAUUCCACUAUAACUUUUAAUAAUUUCCACUCUCAUGAGAAGCUGGACGAUAAAUUACCUAAUGCCGAUGAAGUUCGUAAGGCGAUAGAUAAUUUAGAACGUCUCGUUCUAGCCGCUGACGCUUAUCGGGACAUAUUGAACAAGCUAAAUAAAGCAACGAAAACGUUUAGUAAGCUAUUAAAAGAUUAUAGUAACAGUAAAGGAAUGGAAAGCAUUCAUGUCAUGUGCCUUCAGACGACUUCCCAAUUUUACGAUAAUAGUACAGAGAUUCAAUCAAAAUUGGCUUUACAAAAGGAUUUCGAAGCUAUUCAAAAAUACUGGGAAAAAUAUUCUAAAAAAGUGGCCAAAGAUGAAAAGGCUCAUAAUGAUUAUGUUGGAGAAUUGGACAAACAAAUGAAAAAGAUGAAUAAAGAUUAUGAAAAGAAGAUAAAGAAAGAUAAAGAUAAUAAGCCCUCCAUUGAUUCUCAUAAUCAAUACAUGACAUCAUUUGCAACUCUAGGUUCGAAUAUCGGACAGGCACAAAAGGAAUAUGCCGAAAAGGUGGCGAAACGUGAAAAACGAACGCACUCGAUUAUAUCACAAAUAGUCUGUAGACUUGCUGAGGGUCAAUUUGCUUAUUUUAAUGAUUCACUGAAAAGAUGUGGACCUAGUAUAACAAAGAUGAAAGAGUGGGAACCAUUCGCAGGAGAGGACAUGCCACCACCUCAAGACUUGGAUGAUUUUCUGGAGGAACAAGCAUCCCAGUCACAAUCAGAUAAGAGUUCGAUAACUUCGGAGAAAAAAGUAAUAUCUAUUGCAUCAAUAGCGGAGAAACAGAUAGCCGCAAUGAACCUCUCACAAGAAAAUAGGUUACCGUUUAAUGAAGAACCUGAAAAUAAUAUCAUUUCAACGAGAUACGUGCAAACGCAUGAACAAAAAUCUCCAGUAAUAACGACACCUGAAACUACUAAACCGACGUAUCCUCAUCCAUUUUCUCUUUCCUUGGAUGGAAUCAAUAAUCAUGACAAGAAAAGUAAUGAAAGCACUAGUUGUUCAAGUUUAGCGACAUCAUCAGUUCCUUCAACUCCUAUAGUACAGCCGGCGCUUUCUGUCGAUAAUUCAACUCCGGCUUCUUCACCAAUACAACCUUCAAACAAUACAAAUAAUAGCCUAAAACCUUCGUCAACGUUAGAUCUAUUCUCAAGGUUUUCGAUCGGAGUUCGUGAUGAUGAUGAUCCAUUCAUACGGGAUGAGAAGGCUGUCGAAUUUCGUCCACAUGAAGUUUUCGUGGAAAGCAAAGUGGAAAAGAAUGUGUCAAGUCAAAAUCUUAGUAAUCAAUCCAUAAAUCAAGAAGAACGAUCUAUUAAGUUCCAAAAUGUAACGACUGAUGACAAGAAGGAGAAUGAAAAAGAGAAAAAAGAUAACAAAAAAAAGGAUGAAGAAAAACCCGCGAAACUGCAGGAUGAGGAAUCCGAACAGAAAGACAUUUUCAAAACGCUGACACUUCCACCCAAGAAUGAUAGAGAUGGUAUUUCUAACAAUAAAACGGAAAAAACAAAAAGUGAAUUGCCCCCUAUUGAAAAACCUAAAGAAAAUAAUGAGAGAAUUAAAUUAACGCUUGAAACAAGUAGACCUAUUAAGAUUAUAAAUGAGAAGAAAUCGUCAAUUGACAAUAAUGUUAUCCCUAAUUUAAAUAAUAAUAAUAAUUCAGUAAAUCAAUCACCACCUCGAACAUAUUCAGAGAGUCCUAAACAUGUCCCUGGCGAGCUUUCGUUUAAAAAGGAUAUACCAUCACCUUCUCGAUCACCAGUUCCGUUGAAAUAUUCUUAUGAUGGUGAUGAGUACAGAAAAGAAUACACGACUACAAGAAAAUAUGAUGAAGAUAGCGAUUAUUGUCAAACAAGUCCAGAGCUAAACAAUAAUGAAGCAAGAAUAAAUGAAAUGAAUCGUUAUACAAACCGAGAUGUAAUUCAUCAUGAUGAAAGUCUAAUUUAUAAUUCAUCCGUUCAUGGAGAAAGAACGAUAUAUAAUGAUGCAAAUUAUGAUCGAUCAUAUGAUUCGAGAGAUACGAGAGACAGGCUUUUUCCACAAAGAUCGUACAAUAAUAAUGACCCUAUGCCUCCAAGACGCGGUUCGUCAGUUCGUGAAAUGACGAAUCGUUUUCAGCUAAUGAACGAGGAGAGAACACCCAAUUCUCAUUCAACACGACAUACGCCAGCGCCAAUAUUGGGACGUGUUAACGAAAUUACGACACGAUUUGGUGAAAGAAGAACAACAAUACGAAAUGAAAAUCCACGUGGCGGAGAUUAUCAUUAUGAAAGUUAUAAUAUGCCGAUUGAUUACAGGAAUGAUAGAUUUGUUACCCCACAUGAUGGCAUAACACCGAUUCAUCUAUGCGAUUGUCAUAAUUGUCAAAUGGCUAGUAGCAGAGUAGCUUUAAGACAUAAUAAUCCUGCGUCAUAUAAUCCUUCAAACUUUGCAAGAAAGCAUUAUAAUAAUAGAUGA